CGGCUGCGAAUCAAGACUAGAACCUGGCAUUCCUCAAAGAAAUGCAUUUCGACCCUCACCGCCUCCCGUCCCGGCCCAUGGUUGUCAAGGCAACAGUCAGCGUCCUCCAUGUUAAGAACUUCCAGUAAGAAACAGACAAUUGUCGGCCUCCCAGACGCACCAGACAAUGGGUGACCUCUCCUGUGAGACCCAGCUAGAGGAGCUGAUGCACCAGAUCGACAUCAUGGUGAACAGUAAGAAGGUGGAGUGGGAGCAGCAGGUCCUGGCGCUGGAGCAGAGACUCGAGACUCAGGAGCUGGAGCUGUCCCAAACCAGAGGUGCCUUGGAUGAAAAAGACUAUGAGAUUGCAGCCCUCUCCAAAAAGCUGGAAGAAGCAGAUAAGAGUCAAUGUGAAACUGUGCAGAACUAUGAGCACCAGCUGGAGGCGCUGAAGAGUCAGCUUUGUAAAUUGAAGACGGGUUAUGGUAAACUCCAUUAUUAUCAUAUGAAAAACCAUACGAGGGAAAGCAUAGACGCUUCUACAGACCACGAGAAAAGUCAGUCUGAGCUCCGGCGCUUGUCUCAAAAGCUUGAGGAAUAUAAAGAGCAGGCCAGAGAGUGGGAGAACCAGAGGCUGCGGUAUCAGAAUAAUAUGCAGAAGCUAAACGAGCAAAGGAAGAAUCUGCUGGAAAAAUGUGACUCUCUCCAGAAGCAGUCACAAAGCCAUCAGGAGCAGCUCUCGGGCAGGACACGGCUGCAGGACGAGGCAAUUACCAAUAACCAAAGCGAAAUCAGACGGCUGAGGUGCCAGCUCCACGCUUCUCAGGAGACGAUAAUCAGCGGCAGGGUCAUCAUUGAAAAUCUUAAGUCUACUGUAAAAGAAAUCACAUUAAGUAGGAACUUGCUGAAAGACGAGAAUCAGCGCCUCUUGCAGCAGCUGAGGGAUUGUCAGAAGCGAUGCCAGAGGAUGGAGAACAAACUCUUGACGAUUGAACUGCAGGCACAGGAAGACCUCUCGAGGGCUGCAGAGAUGGAUCAAAGGGAUCUGCAAACAUUUAUUUUGCAGUAUUCUGAAGAAAAGAAGCUCAGCGCUCAGGAUUCGGACGUGUUCAUGAAGGAGCGGACGCCAAACAGAGAGAAAGUUCAAAAGAGAUUAAAGCUGUCUCUAUGUAAAGAGGAUCAGGAUGAAAAAGAUUUCUCCAUGAAAGAGAGUAGAAACUCCGGCCUUGAAAGGCUGCGGGCCGACGUCUCAAACCUGACUGAGAAGCUUCAUCAGAAGGACAUGACUAUAACAGCCAUCAGCCAGAAAGUCUCCAGACUGGAGCGAGAGCUGGACAUGAAAGAGCAUGGAGAUGUGCACCAACAGGUCUUGAGAUCGGCAGAAGAGCCCUAUCCCUCACAUGACCCGACACUGGAACCAGAGGUGGAGAAACAACUGAAGAACUUUUUCACCGGGCACGACCUGGAGGUUCUGCAGCCAGAGAUGAUGAAACCUUAUUCCUUGCAUAAAGAGAUUACCAGGAAACUGAGCCAAGGAACACAGAGCAGAUCAAUCGAGGAUGAUGAGCAGACCCUGAAGAUGGCGGAUCAUGACACAAAUCAUAAUCUAAGCUGUGACCGCCUGCUACUGGACCAGGAAUGUCUGGAGUACAUACUGCCUCAGUUGAAGAGUCCAACUCUGGACGACCAUCCUGAGAUGGAUUUCAUCGACUUCUCCUUCCUAGUUUGUGAUCAGUCAGGAGACUUUACUGCAGUGCCGAGCCCAGAAGAAUCCUUUGUGUCGGCGGCAGAGCGCUUCCUGCAGGAGGAGAACCGACGAGCCCUGGACUUUGAGAAUCUCUUGAAUUCGCACAUUGAAGAACUGCAGCGAUACUCUGAGCGCACGGUGAAGAGAUACUCAUCUCCGCUACACUGACCACCACCCACCAUCUACCCGAAAGGGACGGAGCAGAGAAUCCAGCUGUGGUCACGGUUUUCAAGAUCUCUGCUUGCUGUCAUUCAAUAAAAACCCUUAUUGUGUACUUCCACUAGGGUUAUGUGAUGGACACACCAGUAUGCGGCUCGUUACAGUCCAGUUGUCAGAGGUAUGUCUUGUAACGAGCUGUGAUCGGGACAGAUUUUUUAUUUCUUUUUUUACCCCCUGGCAGUAAAUAAUAAAAGUUCCUAUUGAGUGACAGAAAGCAGAGAUUUUGAAAACCAUGCAAGAGUGAUACAGAAAAUCUACUGUCAAUUGAUCUAACUUUAUCAUUCAUAAUGAAUAACUUAUUUACUAAAACCAGAAAACCUCGGGACCCCUGAGACAUUUCCGUAUGUGUUCAGUUUUUUUCCCAUUGACUUGUGGGCAAUAAUAGGACAUGUUCUAUCUUUCAACGGAGCGAAAAUACGGAAACAGAAUGCAUACGGAGUACAUUCAGUUUUUUUGCGGCACCAUUGAAAUGAAUGGUGCCGUAUUCGGAACGCAAAAAACGGCCCGAAAACGGAAAAAAAACCACGGCCGUGUGAAAGAAGCCUAAAGGAAACACAUUUAUUAGAAAGCUGCAGAACUUUCCAUUAGGGCUCAUUCACGCGACCGUAUAUUUUUUUUCCGUUUCUGCUCCGUUUUUUUG